GCAGAACCAAUGCCUGGGAGCAGGCUGGAUUAAUGAAUAACUCUUUCUACCCAGCAGGGGACACUUUCCUCAGACUGGUUAUCAAAGCAAUGGAGACCAGAGAUACACAGGGAUCUGACAGGAAGCAGAACUUGUCCCCUGCAGGCUCAGUAUCUUGUGUCCAAAGCCAGCAGAGGCUGUGGAGAGUCUGCAAUGGUUUAAUAGCUGUGUUUUUUGGUCUGGCAGCCUAUGUGCAAAAAAAUGAUCCAGAUGCUGAGCUAUGGAUAGCUCUGUAUCUGAUUCCUGCAUUCCUUAUUCUUCUGGUUAGUGUUAAUCCAUACAUAACAGGUCAUGUAAUCUGGAGUACACUGGCAGAUCUUCAUACUGUCAUUUGUGUGAGUGGUGCUGGUUAUCUUUUGGGACAGUUGUAUCUUUACAGAAGAAAAAGCAUAUUGCACGAAGAGGAAGGCAGAGAAUUAUCUGGACUAAUGAUAAUCGCAGUUUGGCUGCUACUUUGUAGGAAAUCCGAAAAAUCGUCUGUCGGAGGAUUCAGACUAUACAUUGCUGUUGCCAUCUCAAUGUUUCCGUUUAUAGCCUGGCUCUAUAUUUAUAUCGACAAGGAGAUGAGGACAUCGUGGCCACAGCAUUGCAAAACGGUCCUAUAAACAUUACGGUAAAUCAAUGCAGUCUUUUCAUAAGAAUCUUGAGACUGGGAUUAUUCGUAAAUUCGGUAAUCUGUAAUUGGAUUCAGGCCGUCCAAUCCGGUGAUUGAGACAUGGACUUGGUGAAGACUCACCUCUGGUGUUCCAAAUACGAGCAGACUAUCAAUUCAAAGUAACCGAUUAAUAUUCAAAAGUGUACAACAAAACAAAAAAGUGUGUGUGUGUGUGUGUGUUAUUAAAUAUUUAGAUGAAAAUCUGCGCUCAUCAAAGGCAAAUAUACAUUAAGCAUAUCACCCAAUAGCUGGUCCAACUAAUGCCCAGGAACUCAACGUUUGCUGCAGUCUAUCUUCCUGAUUGGAGGUCGACAUUGGGCGGGAACGGAAACAAAAACAAAGCGUUGGCAAAAUUUACUCGGAUUCAAAUACAUUUUAUCACAUUUUUUAUUCUGAAAUGCAGCCGCCAUGUGUCACAGUGGGGUGAAAUUAUGUAUCUUUAUUUCUCCCCGUUUUCAUGACAUAACAGAAUUUGCAGACAAGGUACAGAUAUAAGUUGGCGGUGGUACAUAUGUUUUCAGUUGUUCAUGUUGUAGAGAACUGAAAAUGUUCACAAGGUCUAGCAUUGUUUUUUAAGGCAACAACAGGUGAAGUAAGAUCAAUACUGCUAAAGGGCAUUUAUAAAUAAAGUGCUUACAUUUAGCAUCUUUCUUUCAAAAUGUUACUCCAAUAACCAUAACCACUUUAGUUAUUUGAAGUGGUCAUGGUACCUGGAGUCUGUAUGUGCAAUGUUUUGCUUCAAAAUGAUGCACAUACCGAGAUAAACCCCUACGGGAAAUUACAUUUUGGAA